AUGCGUCAGAAUAAAUAAACAUAAUAUUUUAUAAUAAUAAAAUGAUUUAUGUUACAAGUAUUUUGAGACGUUUUCUCCGAUUUCUAACGAUUAACCUUUUUAACCUUAAAGUAGGACAUAAUUAAGUUCGAGCAUAACAAAUAAAUAAAAUAAAUAUUGUGUUCAUUUGAUCUGGAAUGCUUUCGAUCUAUGGCAGACAGGUUUGGCGUUUCCAAAGGAUCAUUUCAUGCAAGUGUGAAGAGAACAUCGUCUGCUCUAGUUCAAGAUAUCAUGGCUGAAGUUAUUCAGUGGCCAAGGGGUGAUGCCAAGCUGAGAGAGACAAGUGUUGGUUACAGUCAGUUAUCAGAGCUUCAAGGAGUUAUUGGUUCAAUCGAUGGUUCACAUAUUGCAAUAAAGGCACCUUCAAAACACGCUCCAGCAUAUUAUGACAGAAAGCAGUUUCACUCCUUGGUAUUACUUGCAUGCUGUGAUGCAAACAACUGUUUUACCUACGCUUGGACAGGAAACCCUGGGAGCACGCAUGAUGCUACAGUACUCAGAACAUCAGACCUAUUUCAACAGGCCGAAAACUUAAUACCACCUGGAUUCUAUCUUCUCGGUGACUCAGCCUUCCCCCUGAAGCGUUGGCUCAUUACACCAUUUCGAAAUUUUGGUGACUUGACCCGUCAGCAAAACCACUUUAACACUACACAUGCAAAGGCUCGUGUUGCUAUUGAAAGAACCUUUGGGCUACUGAAAUGCAGGUUUCGUAGACUUCUCAGAUUCGAAGCAUCAGAUAUUAAUAUAUCGUUGACACUAUUUUGUCAGCAUGCAUCUUACAUAACAUUUGUGUGAAAGAUGGAGAUGACAUGUUUGAUGAUAUGGUAGAUGACAACUGUUUCGACAACAGUGGAAGGGUGGCUAGACAAUGCGACGACUUGUCAGGCAUACGUUUACGGCAGGAAUUGAUUCAACAAUUACAAGCAAAUUAGAUGACUAGAACUUUAAGUGCAAUGAUCAACGUGAUGAUAACAACAACAAGAAACAAUAAUAUCAAACUUAACUAGAACACUCUGUGAUUUCUGGACGGACAGACUCAAGCUAAUUAAUAAACUAUUUUAUAGGGCACACACAAAUGUUGUGUGCAUCAGAUAGAA